AUGGUAAUUGCUUGUUUGCGCUGUUCUCGCUUGUCUAAAUUGUCUUUGCUUGUUUCACGCUUUGGGAAACUGGACCUCUACAUCGCUGGAGCCGGCAUUAAGCCAUCAUCAACUGUCCCGAUUUGCCUGGACUUGGGUACCAAUACGCAACACUACCUCGAUGAUCCUCUUUACAUCGGCGUUCGCCGCCCACGCCCAUUGGGUCCAGAAAUGGAUGAAUUCAUGGACGAGUUCAUGACAGCCAUGAUAGCACCAUCAGAGUACGAUGCAUUCAUUGAACAAGUCGUCAAAAUGAUGAGUGCGUUGAAUGUGCGUCCCAUCAUCUUCCCCUUGUCAAAUCCCGUCGCGCUAUGCGAGCUAGACUAUCAGGACGCCGUCUUCUCUCAUCGUGGCCCUCGUAUCGUCGACCUUCCUACAGUACAAGACAGAAAGCCAUUGGUUGUUGCUCCACAGCCGCGGCCCCAGCAGCAAAGCCAAUUGCACGGCCAAACCCAGGCGUCGUCAUCACAAACUCAGCACACGACCACCUCAACCUCCACGACACCUCCUGCUCCAGGUACUGGUACUACCACAGCUGGUGAAGCACCUGCGCCAUCACCACACAUCCCAUGGUGGGCUCGUCUCGUACUGUUUCUCAACCUCCAGAUCUAUGAGACGCGCUGUGUCACACAGCGCAGCCUGCACACUGGCUACUACUGA